AUGCCCGCAAAGUCGGAUAAGGAGCUUCUAAACGCCUACAUCUAUGACUAUUUAUUGAAGCACAACAUGCACGACUCGGCACGCACGUUUGGCGCAGAGGCCAAGGUGGUGCCGAACGUGAAGAAGGAGGACGACAAGGACCUGCCCAAGCCGCUCAUCCCCAUCGAUGCUCCGCAGGGAUUUCUCUACGAGUGGUGGGCACUCUUCUGGGACAUUUAUUCCGCACGCGGUUCCAAGGGAGGAGGAAGCGUGCCAGCUCAACAGUACGUCCAGGGAACCAUGCGGCUUCGUCAAGAACACGCCGCUCGCGCCCAGUUACAGCAGCAGCACCAGGCCCAGCAACACGCUCAGGCUCAGGCUGCUGCUCAGGUUCAAGGACAAGCCCAAGGACAGGGACAGGGCCAGAACCCCACACAGGGCCCCCAGCCCCAGGGACACAUGGGUAUGCCUGGUCAGGGUCCCCACCAGCCCGGCGGCCCCUUUAUGAAUGGGAACAUGAUGUUCCCACCGGGUCAGAUGCGGAUGGGUCAGCUGCCGCAGCACCUUCAGCAACAAGGUACAGGCGUGGCCGGUGCCAACCCCUCGGACGACUCGUCGUCCCCUGGAGGCACUUCGCCCGCCAAGAGACAACGGCUGUCGCCUGAUAUGGGCGGCCAAUCUCAUCCCGAGCAGCAGGGCCAGCACAUGAUGGGCACCCCCAACCCCAACAACCCCGUGUUCAACUCACAAGUGAUGCAGCAGCUUAAGGCGUCGCAAGGCCAGAUGCCCAACCUGCAGCAGCAACAGCAAGCACAGCUCCAGCAAUAUUCGAAUACCUUAUCGCUGGCACAACAGCGUGCUAUGAUGAACGCCAAGGGUGGUCCUAACGGCCAGCCUGGACAGCCUGGUCAACCUGGACAGCCCGGACAGCCCGGACAGCCCGGACAACCUGGUCAGCCAGGCCAACCUCUACCCAUGGGCUACGAAGGAAUGGAACCUGGAUUCAUGGGCGGCAACGGGCUGAUUCUCAACGCCCAGCAGAUGCGACAGCAACAAGCCGGUAGCGGUGGCGCAGCAGGGUCUGGCCAGCUCAACGGCAACUCCAACGCGCUGCACGACUACCAAAUGCAACUCAUGUUGUUGGAACAGCAGAACAAGAAGCGACUGAUGGUGGCUCGACAGGAGCAGCAGGAAGGCCAGCCUCGAGCUGAGGGCCAAGCCGCAGCAGCGGGCGCCAACCCUGGAGCUCGCAUGAGUGGCCAAUUCAAGCGACCCGGCUCCAGUCCUGUCGUUGGCAACAUUGGCGACGGCCGACGAGUCACACCCAAGCUGCCCAACCAGCCAUCACCUCUGAUUGACGCCAACCGUGCCUCUCCCCUUCAAAGUAAUUUCAAUGGCCAGGGCGACUUCAAUGUUGUGGUUGGUCCCAGCGGCCAGAUGAUGCGAAUGCAACAGCCACAGCAGCAGGGCGGUCCUCCCCAGCAACAAGGCCAGCAGCAAGGAGGCCCCGGUCAGCAGCAAGGAGGUCCAGGCCAACAACCACAGCAGGGCCAGCAACAGGGACAACAGGGUGGCCCCCAGGGUGGACAGCAUCGAUUCGAUGAUCCCCAGCAGCUGCCACAAAGUCAGAACGGCGGUCCUCAACCUGGGUCUGCUCCUGGGCAGCUUCCACAGACACAGGGUGGUCCUCAGCGACCACCAUCACGGGUGUCGCAGAUGCCCCCGCCGGGCGUCCAAGGUGGACAGCGAACACAACCUUCCUCACCGGGCCAAGCAUCUAAUCCUGGUAGCGGUGGCAGCAGUGGAAGUGCUCCUGGAGGCACGACCCCAACACAGGCUAACAAGCAGCUCAAGGGCAAGAAGGCCGAACCCAAGAAGCGAGCAAAGAAGGGCAACCAGCCCGUCACCCCCAAGGCAGUGUCCGAGAGCCCCACUCCCACCACGCCGGCCACGCCGUCUGCCGCAUCAAACCAGUCCCUUUUGUCGAAGGCUACCAACUUUGCCGCAAAUAACAAGCAAGCUCAGGCGGCGGCUCAUGCACAGGCCCAAGCCCAAGCAGCCGCCCAAGCCCAGUCCCAGAUGCAUAUGGGUGGCAUGGGUGGCUCGUCCUCUGGACUGGAGCUUGACGUCAAUGGCGGAAUGGGUCUUGAUAAUGACUCGUCCUCGUUCCUCAAUGACUUCAGCACCGGAAACGAGGGCGAUGUCGGCGACAUGGACUUUGACUUCAACUCAUUCCUCAACACGGACGACAACGCCGCCGGAGCUCUCAAGUUUGACUCUGGGUCUGCUUUUGGCUGGGGCGAGGGCGUUGAAGCCAUGAAUGAGUAA